AUGGCCAAAGUAGAACUAGAAGUUGAGAUUGACAUCCAUGAAAAUUCACUCGAUAACAGUGCAGAUAGUGAGUUGCUGGGCAUGGUUGAUGAAGGAUCGUUCGAAAGUGCAGAUUGUAAUAGAUCACAAUUAGUUUCACAAUCAUUUCUGGAUAGCAAUGAAGAAGAUAAUAGUUCAACAUAUAAUUUUAAGGAUAUAUCUGGUGCAGUAACAUACAAACUAGUUCAAAUGACAGGAGAGGAAACACCAAACACAAUGUCUUCGGAAUCACCAACACAUGUAUUACCAAGCGGAGAAUUUUAUGUUAUAAGUAAUCCAGUGCAAGUUUUUGGAGCAACAGCUGCCCAAAAGAAAGUCAUAAGACGACAACCUAUACAGACUAAAGCCGUUACAGCCAAAAAGAGAGAUGACAAGAGAAGGGCAACUCACAAUGAAGUUGAAAGACGGCGUAGGGAUAAAAUAAACAGCUGGAUCAUGAAAUUAGCAGCUCUAGUACCAAACUCAGGUCUCCCAGAUACAGCUAGUAAAGGAGGCAUUCUUGCCAAAGCGUGUGAUCAUAUCACUGAACUCACAGAAAGACAGAGAAAAUUAGAAAAGUUAGAAGGUGAUAACGAUAAAUUAGUGUUAGAAGUUUUAAGGCUCAACCAACAACUGUCAGAGCUUCAAAAAGAAAAUGACUCGUUAAGAAUCCAAAUAGCAGACAACUGCAUAGUCUCUAGUAUAAGCCACAGACCAAAAGGCCAGAAAUCU